GUUAUGUGUUUUUCCUACAGAUGACGCACACACUUUGAUUCCGGUGACGAAGACAGAGAAGACCGUUUUCUGAUUCAAUCACAUGUAAAAAUGGGUUUUCUGCAUUGUCUCUUCAGAUCUCGGAGCUUCAUUAUUUUGGUUCUCUCUCUGUUUCUCACCAUUCACAGUUUCCUCCUCGUCGAAUCACAAGAACCACCUCCUAUUCUACAAUCUCCUCCGCCUCCGCCUCCGCCGCCACCUCCUCCUCCUCCUCCUCCACCACCACCUCCGCCUCCUCCUCCACCGUCACCUGUCAAUGUGACUGCUGAACCAGGCAUUUCUCCACCGCCUCCUCCAGUCACGGAGACAAUCCAGCCUGUGUCUUCUCCGCCUCCGCCAUCUCGACCACCACCGAGGUCGCAACCCCCUCCCCAUAAGAAUCAGCCACGGCGGUUUCCGCCUCCACCCAGGCCUCCGGAGAAAUCAAAGAGAGGUGGAUUAAACAGAGGGAAGACUGUGGGACUAGUCUUUGUUGGGAUAGUAGCAAUGUUGCAGGUCAUCGUUGUUGUCUUCUUGGUUUUCAAGAGAAACCAGCUUCUUAACUUGAAAGACACUAAUUGAGAUUCUAACCAUUAUUACUGGAUAUACGUUAAUCCAUUUGGCCAUCUAUUAGAGUGACGAUUAGAAAGGAGAAUGUCU